CAGCCGUAUUUGAUAGUUCAGAAGCUGGCCCACAUUCGAGCAGUGUCAACGUAUUUUCGUUUUAGUGCAUUCAACGUGUCUUUUGUUCUUUAUUCUUUUCCUUCGAAAUAAAAAAAACACCUUUUUACUUGUAUUUAUAAAGGAAAAUAAUAGAUUACGACUGGUGUAAAAACCAAAAAAGUACUUGUACAUAUACUUAAUUGCUUAAAUGAAAGCGAAGUGUUAACAGAGGAAAAUACUGUAUCUGAAUCACUAGACUGAAUGAGUUGACGGACUGCUGUUUGAUACAAAUUGAACUAUCAAAUUAAAAUAAAAAAAUUCCUAACGUAGAUAAUACAAAAUUUAAUGUGUAUGAAAUUAAUGUAUUCAGAUUGAGACUAGUGAUAGCAGAAAAUAAAACCAAAAAGAAAUUGCAAACCAAAUGCAAAUAAUCGAAUUGAAACAACAAAGAGUCGAACCCUGAGUGAGACGAAAUUUUUUUUAUUGCUUACGACAAAAAAAAAACAUUAACAAGUUUGCUGUCGAGGUGUGUGUACGAGUAUAUUGAAUUGACAGCAGCACGUAUUGGAUAACCGUGCAGUGUGCCGGCGGCGGAAGUGCUCUUGAACUUGGUGAUUCGUUACUAUAAUAACCCUGUUUUUGGAAUUAAGAGAUAACGUGUGUGAAGUCGUGAAAGAGCGAAGAGAGCACUGAAUGUAAAAGUACACCGGCGUGCAAUUGGGAUAAAAACUUCAUUGUCAAGGAUAUUCGUAUACUACCGGAAAAUUUAUUGUCUACAGCCUUUUUUUGUUUAUUGUUUCCUUGAUCAAAAGCAAUAUGGAUGCACUCGGUGAUUUAUUGGCGCCAUAUAGUGAUGCAAUUGCAAAAGUUGCCGGAACGAUUACAACCUUACAAUUUCUCUCGGGUAUCUUUUUGCUUAAUGAUAUUCGGAAAAAGGGACGUAGUGAUGAAUAUCCUCCAGAACCAUUUCUUGGUGGUGUCGUUCUCUCAGUUCUAACCUUAAAGAUGGGUGUAUUGAUGGGUGAUCCCGCCACUAUACAGGUGAAUAUUCUUGGUUUCGCCAUUAACGUCGUUUUCUUGACUGCAUUCUAUUGGUAUGCUUCAAAUGAGUUUAAAAUGAAAAUAUGGGCAAAGAUUGGAUUUGCUGGUGCUUUUACGGUAGCUUGCUUAGCCUAUGCUACUUUUGAAGACCCGAAGAAGAUUGAAUUCCGUUUUGGCAUGCUCAUUACUGGCAUACUACUGUUUCUAGUUGGUUCACCACUUUUGCAUCUCAAUAAAAUAAUUGAAAAGAAGAGUACAGCGGGUAUGCCAUUUCCUAUUAUAUUAACUGGUACGAUGGUUACAGCAUCUUGGGGGUUGUACGCAAUUUCUAUACGAAAUCCAAUGAUGGCCUACCAAAACUUAUUCCUAUUUUUAUUGAGUUCUAUACAAUUAUCGCUGUUUGUUAUUUACCCGAACACACCACAAACUUCUGAGCAAUCAGUGACCCAUUCACCAUCUUCUUUGGAACACAAGAUGUCUAAUGCUAAAACAUCACUUUCUUCGUCAAGCAACAAUGUUAGCAAGAAGAUAAAUUGAUUAUGGAUUGUAAUUAAUGCAGGCUGUGACAAUGUCUACACAAUGAAAUUGAAAACGUAGAAAUGAUACUGCAAUUCACUUUAUAAAAUUAAUCAACUAAAGUUUGCUAUAAUGUGCUUGCGCUUUAAACAAUCUAUUUGUUAAGGAUUGCUAUGACGCAUUCUCUCUAUUGAAUUCUUUCAAGUUUGCACAAAAAAGCAAAUCACUUAAUACUUAGAUAAGCUAAUAACACUUCAAUUGUAAUUUUUGACAAUAAAACAAAUCUUCCAAAUGUAAAUUUAAUAUUUAAGUAAAUCCUUACGUAUGUUCAUACAUAUGCGUAAGAAAAUAGGUAAAUUAAAAUAUU